AAGUAUCAAAAAGCAUAAUUCAUUAUGGUGUCGGUUUCAAGCAAGAGAAUCAAAUCACAAUAUUUCUCUAUUAAUUUCAACAUGUACCCGGCGUAACAACCGGAUAUGCAUGUGCUUUUUCUUCCUCUCUUUGUAUUUAUACUUCCCUUUAGAGACAUUAUUUUCUCCAAUAUAAUAUAUUUUGGUCCUAUUGAAUUAUAUGCUUGAUUUCUAAACAUGGGAAAUUGCCUAAAAAUGAACCAAAUAUCAUCAUCAAAAGAUGAGAAUGAAAAAGUUAGUAAGAGAGUUGAGAAGAUGAAGACACUUUCAUCAACCAAGUUGGAAAAGGCAAAGAGAGAAAACAACAUGAAGAAAAAGGUAAGGUUCAAAAUACAAGAUGGUAAAGGAAGUGAUGGUAAUUCUACAAGUGGCUUUAUGAGGAUUAGGUUGGUAGUGAGCAAGGAAGAGUUGAAAAGGGUGUUGAGCAAUAAGAAUGUUGAGAAUGCUGCUAAGAACACUUCGUUGAUGGAGUUGCUAAAUGAUAUGAAGUUGAGAGAAAAAAGUGUCUCUAAGAUUGAAGAAAUUGAUGGGGGGUUGAAUUCUUGGAGGCCGGGUUUAGAUAGCAUUCCAGAGGAUUAUUCGAUGAAGUUAUAGGUAAUUUUUAAGUUGUUAUAACCAAUCCUAUUUGUAAAUAAAGACACUGCUUUUCUUUUUUUUUUUUUAUUGUGCAUUUUGAAUUCUAUAUAACUUAAGUAGAUUUGACUAGUGUAAUAGAAAUGUAAAAUUAUAUGAAGCUUGAGCUUCUGAUUAUUAUAAUAUAGUGUGAUCUUAUGAAAUGAAUUAAUGAAAUGGUUCUCAAUAUACUCUUUGUUUGGAGGAA